GUAAUAGACAGGAAUCAAUUUCAAGCGUUUGACUGAUUGCAAGGAAAGAAAAGGAAAGCGGUUGACAGAAUGACUUCCCUUGACCUGGAUCCCGUAUUUGUGAAAGCACUGAAACUAUUACACUCUAAAAGUAAAGAGUCUGGUGCCCUGCUCAAGCAGAUGUUAGAUGAUGCCAUUGCACAGAGGAAAGGACAACACAAAACAAAGACAACUUCAUCAGAAUCUGAGAAGAGUUCAGAGAAGUCUUCGUCCAAACAUUCAAGUAGCUCAAAGAGAGAUGAGGAUUCAAGCAGUAAGAAGAGAGAGGCCGAGAAAAGGCAUAUAGAAAAGACAAAACAGGGUGGAUCAGAAUCUUCUCCCGAAGUGCCAGCAAAGAAGUCACGCCUUGAAAAUACAGACAGUCACAAAGAAAAAGAUUCGAAAGACAAACAUGCUGAGAAAGAUAGGGACAAGGACAGAGAAAAAGAUAGAGAAAAGUCCAAGAAAGAUAAAGAAAAAGAGAGGGAAAGGGAGAAAGAAAGAAAGGAAAGGAAAGAGAAAGAAAGAGAGAAGGAAAAAGAGAAAGAAAGGGAAAAGUUAAAAGCCCAAGAACAAGAAAAAGAAAGGGAAAGACAGAAAAUGAAAGAAAAGGAGAAAGAGAAAAAGACAGAGAAGAAGACAGAAGAAGAAUCCUCAGAUGAAGAAGAGAUGGACAGGAGUAUGGAUGCAGAUGACUUUGCCAUAGGACUGGGCCUUUCUUGUGUUGUUUGCAAACAGUUGAACCUGACGUCUGGUAAUCAGCUUGUAGAGUGUCAAGAGUGUCACAGUUUGUAUCAUCAGGAAUGUCACAGACCUCCAGUUAUUGAGCAAGAUGUGAAUGAUCCUAGAUUUGUAUGGUACUGCUCUAGAUGUGAGAAGACUAUGAAAAAAAUGGUUACAAAGCCGCAGAAGAGUAAAACAUCAACAAUCACUGUACCGGAAAAAGCUGAAAAACCUGUAAUGAAACCUUCAAAGACAGAACCUGCCAGUCUGUUUGCUUUCAACCGUAGAGAAGCUAAGCUGAGUUCAUCCUCCAGUAAGGACGUAGCAGGUACAGGGGCUGCCAAACCUCUCAGUGGUCUUGCCAGUUUAGCUGCCAACUUGUCUGGUUCUAAAUCUAACUCCACAAAAUCUGACCAGUCAAAAUCAGGCAGUUCAAAAACCGACCAGUCAAAGUCAAGCAGUGUGAAGACAGAGCAGUCAAAAUCAUCAUCUUCUAAAAGUGACCAGCCAAAGUCAAGUUCAUCAUCAUCUUCCAAAUCAUCUGACCAAUCAAAAUCAAGCUCUAGCAAAAGUGACCAAUCAAAAUCGAGUUCUUCUUCAAAAUCAGACCAAUCAGAAAGGACUAACGUUUCAAAGGAUAAAGAUAAAGAAAAGUCAAAAACUGACACUAAACCUUUUCACAGACCAUCUAUAGAUUCCAAGGCUGAAGGUAGUAAAUUGUUUGGUGGUAAAUCUGGGGAAUCGAGUAAAAUGACAAAGUCCUCCUCGUCUUCAGCUUUGGUACCAGGUAAAUCACCCGGUCAGGGUGGACAGAGUGCGGUUGUUAACGCUGAUAAACGUCUUCAAAUGAUGAAGAAGAAAGCAGCAGCUAAACUUACAGAGAAACGGACUUCAAUGAAGUAAAAUAUAGGACCUGUAAUAUGUUCGUAUGUAAUGCCAUCAGGAGAAAGUGUAAAUUAGAUGCAAGAGAAUAUAUAAUUCCUUUCGAACACAGCAUAUUCACUAAAAUAUUUGCUUCAAUCAUGGCAAUAGAUAUAGGCAUAGUUGGUGCGUUUAAGAAUGUGUGCAGUAAAAAUUUAUGAUUUUCAUUUAUGGUUAUCAGAUAUUGGGAAAUGUUUAGACACAAAUUAGCCACAUAUGACAACAUUCAGAAAGGUAAUCAGUAGCAGUAUGAAGAUAGAUAUAUUCUAAGUUCAUGUUUCUUUCAUAGUUUCUCUUACCAUGCUGGACAUGAUUGAUUCUGCGACCAGUGUAGAUCAUGAUCAGCCAGCAAAUCCUUGCAGUCUGAUGAAGAUCUGUAUUGUUCGCCAUCCAGUCGGUAUCUUUUAGGUAAGCACCCCUUUUAACAGUUAAUGGUACUGUCCAAAUUGAAAGACAGACAAGUUCAUUAUAGAUAUUAGCAGGGUUAGUGUUAAAAUAGAUUAAUUUCAUUGGUUUAAAUUUUGUGGCUGCAGUUAAAUAUUAAGCAAAAGUGUUUCGAAAGUAGCUCUGAACCCAGUACAAUUUGUAAGUCAGUCUUUUUUCAUCAAACUGAAUCAGUUUUAUAGUUUUUGUCAUAAAGCUAUUGUUGUUGCCAUGUUAACUAAACAGAGUUGGUCUAGAAAAAACGUGGCUGCUUCCAAGGCACAUCUAUUCAUUGUAUUGUCAUACAAAUUGUAUCAAGAUGUAUGAUAAUUAAAUUCUGAUUAAAUCGGGAAAUAUUA